GAGAUACCCUUGGUACAACUUCUGGGCUGAUGUUUCCUAAACUCAUACUAUUAUCUGUCACUUUCAGAAUUUCCCUGAUAUUUCAAAGACAAAAAACAAAUUAGGUACAACCAUGCCUCUGAAAUGUAUUAUCUCACCUACAGGAAUCUGAUCUGUGAAAACCUAGAAGGUUUGUUAAGAGACUACCAAAAUGUGCUCUCCUGCCAGUCCCAAAAUCCUAUACAGGAAUCCCCGAUUCCUCCAGUUAGCUUUUCUGCAGCUUCAUCACCAGCAACAGAGUGGUGUGUUCUGUGAUGUCAUCCUGCAGGCAGAAGGUGAGGCAGUCCCAGCCCACUGCUGCAUCUUGUCGGCCUGCAGCCCCUUCUUCACAGAGCGUUUGGAGCAGGAGAGGCCAGCUCAGGGUCGGAAGGUGGUGCUGGAGCUGGGGGACCUGAAGAUAAGGACACUUAGGAAGCUGGUAGACUUCCUGUACACCUCAGAGAUGGAAGUAUCUCAAGAAGAAGCCCAGGAUGUGCUUUCUGCUGCCCGUAAGCUCCGUGUGUCUGAGCUAGAAUCCCUUCAGCUAGAGGGUGGAAAGUUGGUGAAGGCCCCACAGGGCAGAAGACUGAACCGAGAAUGCUUACAACCUCCAAAUGCUGCACCAAUCUCUGCUAGGGUGGUUGCACCUAGCCGCCGCCCUCGAACUCCACUGCCUCUUACCCAGACUCCCUGUCCUCUUGGGGCAGUGAGACUGAAGUCCUUGGGGAAGGAGGAGGGGCCCCAGGAGAAGAGCAACCGACAGAGAGCAGAAAACUUAUCUGGCACUCUUGUCAAGAGGAAGGCCAGAGUCUGCCCAACUCCACAAGAGAAAAGCUCCUCACCGUCAAGCCACAGUCAGAGUCCUAAGGAGAACAAGAGUGACUCUGCUCUUGGUCCUACCCUUUCCCCUACCAGCUUGUACCCCUCCAUGGAUGAGCGACUGUUGCCCAGAAAGAUCAGGCUAAGCCGCUCAAAGCCAUCUCCUGAUGUCUGUACAUCAAAGCCUUCCAGCAUUUUAAGCAGACCCAGCUCAGUGCCCACAGCCUCUGGCCGGCGUCUUUGGCGGCAGAGGAGUAUAAAUAAAGAAGCACCAGAGGACAAGCAAAAACCAGGGACAGCUAGUCCUCUACACAGCACCCCCAGCCCGUCUGGUCUUGGAAAGACAGGUGGGAACAAGAAGCGGAGCCUUGAAGUCAGGGCACCUAACUCAGACUCUGCAGAGGAGGGGCAGGUUGGGAGAGUCAAACUUCGGAAGAUUGUCAAUGGGACAUGCUGGGAGGUGGUCCAAGAGCCUCCCCUCAAAAACUCUCAAGAUAGCCCCCAGAUCCCAGAGCCUGGAGGAGACUUACAAGAAUCUCCAGGGAGUCAGUCAUCCUCAGUUAAUGAACAGGAAAUGUCAUCUCCAAGAAUAGAACUGUGUCAGGACUCCCUCAAGUGCUCUAGGCUACAAGACAUUCUGCUCUCUGCUAGCCAUUCUCCCAACCACCCAGUGGUGAAGUCUGAACCUGGGUGCAGUUCAGAGCUGGUAGGGAAGGAACCUGUGUUGGAUAUUGACUACAAAGAGCCCUAUGCAUUUGACACAGCUCUGCUCAGGCAGCCUUGUGAGGCUGAGGAGUACCGCAUCACAAGUGGUGCUGCUACCAGUGAGCUAGAGGAGAUCUUGGACUUCAUGCUGUGUGGCUCAGACAUUGAGCCACCUAUAGGUCAUCCAGAGAGUCCUGCAGCUGAGAGCUGCAGGACCCCCAGUUAUCACCUUACAGAAACAGGAAAGAACUGGAUUGAAGGGGAAGAGUGGUGUUUGCCAGACAUGGAACUCUGGCCUAGGGAGCUCACAGAACUAGAAAAGGAACCUGUUGGUGAAAACAGAGAGCCAGUUGAGCCCCUUAGCCCCCUUGUCAUGCCCUCUGAGAUGAGUGAAGGAGAGGUGCUUUUAGUGAGAGGCUCUUGGACGCCAGACCUUGAAAUUACCGCCUCCCAGCCACUGGAUGGUCAGGGAGAUAAAUUUCUCCACAUUGACUCUUUUGACCCUCACCAAAGGUCUUAUGGGGACCUCUCACCUCCCUUCUCAAACUGGGCAGAGACUGGGCUGGAAGUGUCCCUAACUAUGGACGAGGUAUUGUACCCUGCUCCAGAGGCGGGCAAGGAGGUAUCUGGUAAAUCUGAGUUGCUGGGAUCACUUUCUGCCAGCUCUGAAGAGGAAGAGAUCGAUGUGGUGGACUGGACAGCAGAGGGGAACCUGGUGCCCAACAGUAUUCCUUCUGUAUGGCCUGACCCUUCCUCCGAGUCAGAAACAGAAGUAGAUAUACUUACGUAGUGGAGUUGGGGGGAGGGGGCAGGUUAGGGGAUCUGGGAGGGUGGGAAGAGUUGGCUAGAAGCAAACGGCGAUUUGGCAGAAGCUAGCACGUAUCCUCUUCUCUUAGCACAAGAGGCAGGUGUACCCUUGUCUCUUUAUAGCUCCUCACCUCUCCUCCCCAGGCCUUGGAAGCCAGGCAGAGGUCAAACAGUACUGUGCGUAGAAAAUUAUGAACUUGAACCAUCUUAUUUCUUUGUAAUCUAUUUUCCAGUUAAUGACAAGUGAAAUAAUAAACUCUGAUCCCCAACUCUAACAGGUCAUAGAUAACAGUCAAAGCCAGGUCUCUUAGGUCAUGAGGCAUCAAGUCACCACAAAUUCAGGAAAAGCUGAGAACACCCUCUGUGAUGGGGUUUUGUGUUAAAAUGUUCCUGAAGGUGUGAAGCAGUGUUGGGUGGAAGACUAAGUGGGCGGGAAUGAUGGAAUGUUGUCCAGCACCUAAUGUGCGUGGGGCUUGUUCAUUGCCAGUGUGGGAAGUCUAGCUAAAACCUCUGCAGGGACCAGGAAGAUAUACUUGUCAUCACUUCCAAGAAGUGAGCUGAAAAAGAGUUGCUUUCUUAAAACAUAACUUAUUUACUUUGCUCCCAUAGUUUUUACAAGUAUUUCACCUGCUUUACCAG